AUGGGGAGGAUGCAGAUGAAGAGGCUGCUGCUGCUCGCGUCGUCCCUUACCAUCGCGAUCACUGAUGCUUCUUCCCUGCAUGCCGAUGAUACUUCAUGCUCGCGGAUGUUUCAGGCCGGGAUCAGCCGCAGUUCCGCUCCUCGGUGGUGUCGUGGGAACAAGCUCGGCUUUACAGCGCCGCUCGCGCUGCCUCCAAGGGUUUCUGACGUUCCGAGAGCACAGACGAGGAUGUUCGGCGUGCGAUCUCCUCGCGCUGCAAGAUCGGCUGAUUACUGGAGAGGACAGCAGAAGAACCUUGUUUCUUCGAUGAGUAUGUCGUCAGAGGACAGCAGCUCCAAUGGCGCGAUGAGGUGGACGUCAGCGGUCUCUCUAGGCUUCGGAGGCUUGAUAGAGACAGUAGAGGAGGCAGCGGACAAGUGCAGAGAGAACCUCGGGGAAGGGACAAGCAUCGACCUUGUCAUGUGCUACAUCUCCGACAGGUUCUUCGAGAUGAGAGGAUCGCAAGAGCCGGCCAGGCAGGAGGACCUGAUGAAGGUGACCGAGCUGUUGAGGACGAGGCUCGGCGCCAAGCACGUCAUCGGGUGCCUGAGCCCCGGCGUGAUCGGUAUGGGAGAGGAGGAGAGCCCAGAGGAGUACGAGCAGGUGAAGGCUGUGUCGAUCUCAGCCGCGUGCCUUCCAAACGUGGACGUCAAGAUACAGAGGCGAGUUGUUGUUGUCGUCAACACAAGCAUCUCUGUCAGAGACAAUGCUAACCAUGACCAGACCAUCAUCAUCAUCAACAUCAACAUCAACAUCAACAUCAACUACAUCUCCUUCUCCUCACCUCUCUCAGUCGCUGCUGAGGAGGUUCCUAACAACGAUUCCGUGGAGGAGUGGAGGAGGCUUGUUGGUAGCCCGGAUCCGGCAGAUCGGCCCGUCUUCCUCCUCUUCAGCGAGCACAACUUCCCUGGCCGGGGCAACUUAGAUCGCUUCCUUGAGGGGAUGGACUUCGCAUAUCCUGGCUGCACCAAGGUCGGAGGCCUCACGGCUCGCUUCAAGCAAGACGUGGACCUCCUGUCCACGGUCUUCGGGGACGUGCAGCUGACGAGAGACAAGGUUGCUUCUCCUGGCGUCUGGGUCGUCACCCUCAGUGGCGACAUUGAGGCUGAGGCCCUCGUGGCUCAAGGGUGUCGCCCCAUUGGGCCAGAGUGGGAAGUCAGCCGAACGAAGGGCAAUAAGGUGUUCGAGGUUUUCGACCCGCUGAAAAAGGAAGCGCCUGUGACAUGUCUGGCUGCCUUGUCAAAGGUGAUUGAGGGUCUAUCCCCAGCAGAGCUCGAGCUUGCGCAGAGAGCCUUGUUCGUUGGAGUCGAGAGCAACUCGAUGAAUCUCAGUGACUUGCAGCAGCCUAAAACGGCCCAGAGCUCGCAGGAGGACCCAAGAAAGGACUAUCUGCUCAGACCCAUCAUCCUAGUCAGUGCCAACGACAAGUCCAUGCUCGUGGGCGACGUCUUGCGACCGGGCUCCACGUGCCCGACAGAUCAGCUGCGAUGGCAGAGGCUCACAGAGCUUCUGACUGGGAGCUCGUCAACCCCAGCAGCCGGCCUCGUCCUCUUUGCUUGCAUCGGGCGGGGGAGGCCGCUGUUCGGUGAGCCCAACUACGAGUCCAGGAUGGCAAGCAUGGCAACGGGCGUCCCUGUGGUUGGAUGCUUCUACAAUGGUGAGUUCGGGCCCGCAGGAGGGCAGGCAAGUCUGCACGAGUACACGAGCAUCUACACGAUCUUUCGGAGCAAGAAGCUUGGAGGGGUGACCUCCGAUUCAAAGAUGAAGGAGCAGGAGGGCGAGCAGAACAACUCGGGGACAUGA